GGGACGAUGACUCUGGAGUCCAUGAUGGCGUGCUGCCUCAGCGAUGAGGUGAAGGAGUCCAAGCGGAUCAACGCCGAGAUCGAGAAGCAGCUGCGGCGGGACAAGCGCGACGCCCGGCGCGAGCUGAAGCUGCUGCUGCUCGGCACGGGCGAGAGCGGCAAGAGCACGUUCAUCAAGCAGAUGCGGAUCAUCCACGGGGCGGGCUACUCAGAGGAGGACAAGCGGGGCUUCACCAAGCUCGUGUACCAGAACAUCUUCACUGCCAUGCAGGCCAUGAUCCGCGCCAUGGAGACCCUAAAGAUCCUGUACAAGUACGAGCAGAACAAGGCCAACGCGCUCCUGAUCCGCGAGGUAGAUGUGGAGAAGGUGACGACCUUUGAGCACCGCUAUGUGCACGCCAUCAAGACCCUGUGGGAUGACCCUGGCAUCCAGGAGUGCUACGACCGCAGGCGGGAAUACCAGCUCUCGGACUCCGCCAAGUACUACCUGGCCGACGUGGACCGCAUCGCCACCUCAGGCUACCUGCCCACCCAGCAGGACGUGCUGCGGGUCCGUGUGCCCACCACUGGCAUCAUCGAGUACCCUUUCGACCUGGAGAACAUCAUCUUCAGGAUGGUGGACGUGGGAGGCCAGAGGUCAGAGCGGAGAAAGUGGAUCCACUGCUUUGAGAAUGUGACGUCCAUCAUGUUCCUUGUGGCCCUGAGUGAAUAUGACCAAGUGCUGGUGGAAUCGGACAAUGAGAACCGCAUGGAGGAGAGCAAAGCCCUCUUCCGGACCAUCAUCACCUACCCCUGGUUCCAGAACUCCUCGGUCAUCCUCUUCCUCAACAAGAAGGACCUGCUGGAGGAUAAGAUCCUGCACUCCCACCUGGUGGACUACUUCCCCGAGUUCGACGGGCCGCAGCGGGAUGCGCAGGCCGCCCGGGAGUUCAUCCUGAAGAUGUUUGUGGACCUGAACCCCGACAGCGACAAGAUCAUCUACUCGCACUUCACGUGUGCCACUGACACAGAGAACAUCCGCUUCGUGUUCGCGGCUGUCAAGGACACCAUCCUGCAGCUCAACCUGAAGGAGUACAACCUGGUCUGACCCGGCCGCCGCCGCUGCCCCGAGGGGACAGGGACAGCCGUCGGGCGCCGAGCCCGCCCGGCUCCGCCCACAGACGAGUUGGUUUUGUUUUCCUAUUUUUAACAAAGGGUUUUUAUUUCACAGCUAUCAGGGGACGUACGUGUUUCUUUCUAUACACCCCGUGCACCUCCUCAUCUGUGUCCGGGGCGCGGCAGCCUUUUCCUGGCCUUGACUCGUGGCUCGCUUUUUUCUAUUAAAAAAAAAAAAGAAAAAAAGGAAAAGAAGGAGACGAGACCAGCGGAGACGAGACACGCGAGCGCACGCGCCCCCACUGCAGGCCGGCGGCCCCCUGGCACCCAGCGGGGACAGAGCCACCCGCCGGCCCGCCCCCCUUGCUCCUGGCCCUCACCGCGAGGCCCCGGACUGUGACUUCUCUCUCUCUCUCUCUAUCUCUCUCUCUCGCUCCCUAAGUUAUUGACGUCCUGGACUCCAAGAAGUGGGGGUGGGUGGCGCCCCCCGCUGCCCGCCCUGGGAAGUGCCUAACCUUUUUUUUUUUUUUCCGGGUGAGGAAAGGAAGGCAGUGAGCCGGCUCCCGGGGCCCACAGGCUGCUGUCCAGACACCCCCGAGGGGCCGAGGGCGCCCCGCUGUGCCCAGGGAGCCGGGAGAGGGCCCUCCUGGAUUGGGAGUCGCUUUUGAUUAGUUCUGUUUCGAAACCAGCUUGGAAACAGUGAGGGUAGGGUGGGGACUUCUUCAGAAUAUUCUCAGGUCUGUCCCCGAGAGGCAGAGAAGGGAGUCGCCCGUGGCGGUUCCCAGGCGCGGGCUCCGGCGCAAGCCCUUCUCCCACAUCUCCCACUUCUGCUCCCGAGCCCCCUGCCCCGGGAGGCGAGCACGCAGCACGAUGCGCACUUUGCCCCGAGCUGUGGAGGGCCAGUGGCCGCUGGCGCCGCGGCCCCGGGUGGCUUCCAGGCCUGGCCACGGCCACGGCCACGCACUGAGCCAGAGCCACGGGCCGCCUUGCCCGGGCCGCCUUCUCCCGAGGGGCUCGGAGGGUGGGAACAAGCGGGGGUGUGUUUUCAUCUGAUGUGGACUGAGCACUACAGUGUUUUUCUGUGGGUUUUGUUUUGAUUUGCACAAUGUAGCGGGAAUGAACUGCCAGGCCUUGGACCCACCCGCUGCAUCUGGACACGGCCCGGUCGCGGUCUGUGUGGCCGCUGCUGGUCUGGGCCGCCAACGAAGAGUAGAAACGCCUCGGACAGCAGCCCCGAGGCUGGCGUCCGCUGCCCCUGGCCCCGCUCCCUCCGCUCGCCUGACGCAGGGGCCAGCCUGCCGGUGUCGGAGGAGGGAGCUAGGAGGGGCCUUGUGGCGACUGGGGGGCCCCUUCGGGGUGGGGCGGCGACAUUCCUAGUGGCCAGCCCUCUCGGGGGCAGGACGGACCCUCGCAGUGCCACGUGUCUGCACGGGAGGGGUGUGCCAAGGCCCCCAGCCUGCACCCUCAGUGCCAGAGCAGAUGGUGCUGCUGGCGGGGGGCCUGCCCAGGGCACUCGGGGUCCUCGCGGGGUGCGCAUCGCCAUGUCUCAGCGCCUCUCUCGGGCCCAGAUCGCAAGGGAACUGGAUUGGGCCUCGCGGGGGGGGGGUGACCUGAGCAUGUGGGCCUGGGCACCCGAAGUAUUAAUUCUUCCCAGAGGGAGCAGUGUGCCAAGCACCCCAGAGCCGAAGCCUGGCUGGCACGCCAUGGCAGCCCCGCCCGGCGCUUCCGGAACCCUGAGGGCCCGGGACCGGAGGGCGGGGACACGGCUGUGUGCCCUAGAGGGUCAGAAACCGCUCUGUGCCAGUGGGGCCUGGUGGUCCGGGCCCCUCCCUCGCCCAUGGUGUGAGGUUUGUUUUUCUCGUUUUCCACCCUGGGGGCUCCAUCCUCCUCCCACUGUGUCAGGUCCCCCCCAGACGCCCCAGGGCCUGCGCCCCCGAGCGGCGGUGCGGGAGGCUUGCCGGCUGCCAGUGGACCUUCUCCAGUCAUACUUGUAUAUUACACAGUCCUGAUUUCAGACGGUUUCAACCUUAACCUAUUUUAAAGAAGAAUAUUAUAUAAAAUACUGUUUUUAAACCUUU